AUGGACCCUCCACCGCUUGAUGCCAUCGGACCUGUCCCAGACCGAGGGCCAGAAGUCAUCCGUCUCUUGUGGGCACUUACAUCUUUGGCAUUGAUCACGUCGUUACUCCGGGUGUAUUCGCGGUUACAUCACCGCAUGUUUGGCUGGGAUGAUGUGUUUAUGGUUUGCGCCAUGAUGUGCUUUUUUGGAUGGAGCAUCACAUUGACAUUGUACGCCAACCGCGGAGGACUACGACACAUCCAAGACGUUGCCAAAACAGGCCCCGACAACGUUGCGACCGUUUUGCUAUUAAACUGGCUCAGUCAACCGUUUGGUAUUAUUGGAGUCGCGUGCGGAAAGAUAUCAGUAGCGGCAUUGCUGCUGCAAAUCAUUGAGUUGACGGAACUGCGCUGGCAUCGACUGUUCCUGUGGAUCGUUCCGAUUACACUUGCGGCUUUGAUUGCUAUUUCCUGUUCGGUUUUGACGUUUGCGCAAUGCUCGCCGGCGAAUGCGCUAUGGGAUAAGAGAGUGGAAGGAAAAUGCAUAGAUCCGCAUGUUAUGGCGGGCUUUGGAACCUUUACAGGAUCCUACAACACCUUUGCCGACGCCUGUCUUGCCAUAAUCCCCGCCACCAUCUUCUGGCAACUCAACAGCACGAGAACCGAAAAGAUCCAACUCACAAUAGUAUUCGGCCUCAACAUCCUAACAUCCAUCUGCUCCGGCAUCAAGACCCAGUACCUCGUCCAACUCGGCAACCGAGUCGACCAGACUUGGGCAACCUACGACAUAUUCGUCUGGGUAACCGGCGAGCUCUUCCUCAUGAUUGUCUGCGGCACAAUCCCAACACUACACAUGGUCCUGCGGUGGUUCCGCUCCGCCGCGGGAUCUGUCAAGAGCAAAGUAACGCCGAAUUCGUCGCGCAAGUCAGCGUCCAAUCCUAGUUCAGAGAGGGCGGUGACGGAGCUGAGUGACAUGACGCACAUGACUGUCCGGACGAGGACGACGAUUGAAAAGGGCGCGCUGACGAGGAGCGAGAGCGCCGAUAAUCUUGUUGACGAGGAUGGGCUGCCUGAGAAUGGGGUCAGGGUGGACAUUAUGUAUGAUGUGAGGAGGGAUACGAGGCCGAAUUCUGAGUCGUCGAAACGGAGCUUGGAGCUGGAACGGAGGUGA